AUGGCGACCCUUCCCAUUGUUCAAUACGAAGAAAAGAUAAUCGAAACAGUUGAUAACAACUCCAUCGUCGUCAUCAUCGGCGAGACAGGUUCCGGCAAGAGCACUCAACUCUCUCAAAUGCUCCACCGCCACGGUUACUCCAAAAUUGCCGUCACUCAGCCGCGUCGUGUCGCCGCGGUCUCCGUCUCCAGACGAGUUGCUCAAGAGCUCGGUGUUCAGCUCGGAGAGGAAGUAGGUUACGCCAUUCGAUUUGAAGAUAGAACUUCUCGCAACACACGCAUCAAGUAUUUAACUGAUGGUGUUCUUCUCCGAGAAAGUCUAGCCGAUCCGGAACUAAAUGAUUAUUCUGUUAUCAUAUUGGAUGAAGCUCAUGAACGGAGUUUGAACACAGAUAUAUUGAUGGGACUCAUGAAGCGUUUGGUUAAGCUUCGUACAUCUAAUCUCAAAGUGUUGAUCACUUCUGCCACACUUGAUGGCGAUAAGGUGUCUAAGUUCUUCAGAGAUUGUCCUGUAUUGAACAUUCCUGGGAAGCUAUAUCCUGUUGAGGUUCUUUAUAGCAAGGAGCGUCCUGUGAAUUAUCUUGACACUGCUCUCAAAACAGCUCUUGAUAUACAUGUACGGCAACCGGAAGGGGAUAUUUUAAUAUUCAUGACUGGACAGGAUGACAUAGAGAAAUUGGUGUCUAAGCUGGAAGACGAAGUUCGGUCUCUCGACGAAGGUUCCUGCAUGGAUGCUAUUAUCUUUCCUCUACACGGUUCUUUGCCACCUGAAUUGCAGGUGCGUGUAUUUAAUCCUCCACCUCCAAAUUGCAGACGAAUUAUUGUUGCUACAAAUAUUGCUGAAACAUCUUUGACUGUUGAUGGUGUAGUGUAUGUUAUUGACUCUGGGUAUGUAAAGCAAAGGCAGUACAAUCCAUCUAGUAGGAUGUAUUCUCUUGAGGUUGUUCAAAUUAGCAAAGUGCAAGCUAAUCAGCGGGCAGGCAGAGCUGGACGAACACGACCAGGGAAAUGCUACCGCCUAUAUCCUUCCCAACUCUACCAUGAUGAGUUUUUAGAUGUUACAGUUCCUGAAAUUCAGAGAUCUUCUCUUGCCGGAAGUGUUCUUUACUUGAAGUCGUUGGACCUGCCUGAUAUUGACAUUCUCAAAUUUGAUUUUCUUGAUUCUCCUUCAUCUGAGUCCUUACAAGAUGCCUUGAAGCAAUUAUAUCUGAUUGAUGCUAUUGAUGAAAAUGGUGCAAUUACAAGUAUUGGACGAAAAAUGGCUGAGCUUCCAUUAGAACCGUCUCUGUCAAGAACUUUAAUGGAAGCAAACAAUUAUGGCUGCAUAACCGAGGCUUUGACCGUUGCUGCCAUGUUAUCCACUGAAACUGCAUUGCUACCAGGGCAGAGCAAGACUGAGAAAAAGAGGAAACGUCCAUUAUCUAACCUUCCUGAUGGCUUUGGCUUGGGUGACCACAUUCAAUUACUGCAGAUAUAUGAGCGCUGGCAUCAAACUGAUUAUGACAUUGGUUGGUGCAAAGACCAUGGCUUGCAGGUGCGGGGAAUGACAUUUGCCAGAGAUGUUCGUAAGCAGUUAUCACAAAUACUGCAGAAAAUUGCCAAAGAACCAUUGGAUAUAAAGGAAAAUCGGAAAGGGGAAGAGUACCGGCGAGAUUAUCGAAAUUUGAGGAAGGCUUUAUGUGUAGGCUAUGCAAAUCAGCUGGCUGAAAGAAAGAUGCAUCAUAAUGGUUAUCGAACUCUAGGUUUCCGAGGCCAAAUAGUCCAGGUGCAUCCGUCAUCUGCAUUGAGUUCUGAUGAACUGGGGAAGUUUCCUGACUAUGUUGUGUACCAUGAGCUAAUUGCCACACCUAGGCCGUACAUGAGAAAUGUGUGUUCUGUUGAGAUGAAAUGGGUUAUACCCAUCAUUAACAAGCUUAAUACCUUAAAUGUGUACAAAUUAAGUGGUGGUGGUAUGGAUCAUGUUGAGGAAGAAUCUAGGAUUCCAGAUUUGCCCAAGAAGAAUGUUGAAGUUUCUGCUGCUGCAGAUGAUAAUGAAAGUAGAAUCCAAGCUGCCAGAGAACGAUUUCUUGCUCGGAAAGCCAAUAAGUAA